AGCAGCUUCCGGUUAUACGCAUCAAGCAAGCUACUUCCGGCAAAAUAGCCGUGGAAGAAAAUUACGAAGAUUUAAGUGUUGCCCUUCGUUUCUGUUUAGGUAAAAUAUACAUUUAAAGUCAGCACCGUGGCGACCAAAAUUGUAAGCGAAGUCCCUGUCCAGAUUAUUAGUUCGAGGUCAGGUGGCAUGUCGCUCGUUGACCUGGGAAAGAAGCUACUGGAGGCAGCCAAACGUGGAGACACCGAUGCUGUCCGGGCGUUGAUGUCCAAUGGUGCACCCUUCACAACAGACUGGCUGGGAACUUCUCCACUUCACUUUGCUGCGCAGUUUGGCCACCAGCAGACGGCGGAGGUGCUGCUGCGAGCGGGCAUCAGCCGAGAUGCUCGCACCAAAGUGGACCGGACGCCCCUCCAUGUGGCGGCGCAGGAAGGUCAUGUGGAGAUCGUGGAGCUGCUUCUGGACAACUCAGCAGACAUUGAUGCCAAGGAUAUGCUGAAGAUGACGCCCCUACAUUGGGCCACAGAGAAAGGACACAUUCCAGUCGUCGAAAUCCUCCUGAAACACUCGGCCGACACCAACUUCGAAAACAAGUUUGACCGGACACCUCUGGACAUUGCCAUCGCCAACGGGAGGACAGAUAUAGCACAACUCUUGCAACUAGCACAGCACACGGAGAUCACCUGUACGGAGGGGGAGACUGUGACGGUGGAGACGACGUCGGACAUGAUCAGCAGCGUGCUCGCCGCGGGAGACAGGGACGGUGGGGCGGUGUUGCCUGUUGCUAUUGUUCCUAACACUGCAUCCGCCUCCAAAUCCAAAAAAGAUGGGGAAAUCUCGGACCAAAGCAGUACAUCCGUCCUGGCCACCCUUGCUGCCCUUGCUGAGGCCACGGCGCCCAUCAACACACAAAACGUGAGCUCAUCCGAAGCGAUGAACUGGUUGGAGAGUCAAGGCAUCACAAUGAUCUCAACAGCAGAUGGCGGCAUCAUCACUUCGGCCGUGGAGAGUGGCCAGACGAUCUCACUCACAGAGGCUGGCAAGAUCGCGCUGAACCUGAUCCGGCAGCAGGGCCUAGGUCAGGCAGUGUCUCAAGAUGGGGAGGUGGAGAGUGCUAUAGAGAACGUGGUGGGCGCGGAGGAAGAGGAGGAACAGAAAGUUAUAACCAUUGUAGCCAACCAGGGAGACACCGAGAUCCCCAGCAACAACGGCGGCACGGUGCUGGUGGCCGUCAACCCUGACGGCACCACCACGGAGAUCCCCAUGGAGGCACAGAUGGUGGAGGAGUCACAAGUUGAUGAGACAGAAAUCACAGAGCCCCUGUUGAAAAAAAUCAAAACUGAGGAUGGUCAAGGGGAGGUAAUCCUGGAGGAGGUCGCUCUAACAGAAACAGAUGCUCUACAAACGGAGGAAACGCCAUUAGUUAUGGCUGAGGAUGCUGAUGAAAACGACCCCGGCCAGGACCGGUUGCGGAGGCAGCUGGAGGAGGUGCAGAAGCAGGCGGAGGAAUACAAGCGCCAGCUGCAGCAGAAGCAGGAGGAGGCGGACGGAUACAAGAAGAAGCUCAACGAAAUUGUCAAAACACCCGAGAAAUCCUCUGGGGAAUGAACUUUGAAGAAUCCCCCUCCCCAUCAUUGUCUCCUCGUCUUCGAGGCUUUACCUGGUGUUGCCUCCCAGCAACCAGCUCCUCAGUGAAAACAAUCACUUCGCUGGUUCUUACAAGCAUUUCAGUAUGUUGGCCAAAGGAACAUUGUCUAUUAAAGCAGUGUGUGAACUUUUGCAUGAACACAAAGGAUAUGGGGCUGGGACGGGUCUACAUUUACUACCCGACCCCCUAUUGCUCGAGUUGGGUACAAAAUGUCCGGCAGAAACAAUUGAGAUGACAUAUGAAACGCUCUGAUCAUGCAUACACAUGUACAAGUCAGAGGAAUGUGUGCAUGGUCGGAAAGAAAUGCAAACAUUAGGGACUUGCAUUGUAAGCAUGAAAUUUUAUUGUUAUUAUCAUUAUAUCAUGUGACUCAGGACAGGGUAGUACGGUGGGCACUCGGUCCUACUCAGGACCCACCGACCCGAGUACUGAGUUACCUAUUGCUGAGUGCAGCAUCAAACCACAAACAAACAAACAAACAAACCUGAGUUACCUAUUGCUGAGUGCAGCGUCAAACAAACAAACAAACGAACCUGAGUUGCCCGUCCUGGCCAUACAAGGGUUCCUUGCCAAGCCCUAAUAUCAACAAGGAAAUAUUUAUGGGGUCACAUGAUUCAAACAAUAUAGCAGCAGAUGUCAAGGGAAGCCGUUAUAUCUAACAUGGAGCAAGUAUCGCAGACUGAUAGUCCUGGCACUGUGACAGUCACAAGGACUGCCUGUCUUCUCCCAAAUCUUGUAAUUUUACUUGAAUCACUUGUCCUGAAAUAAACUGAGGACUAGAUGAAAUGAA